AAAAGCACUACACUAGGGCCCAUCUCAUGUCUCCUCCAGCUUAGACUCCAAAGAUGUGAAAUUCAUCUUUCUUCACUGCACCAUACCAUAUUCUUCCACCUCCAUCCCCUUUUCAUCUCUUGCCAAAAAUACCCAAUAAUUCCUUCUGCAACAAUCAUGUCAUGCCACACAGAGAAAUACUCUGCCCAAGGAUCCCAACCCGCCGGUGACCAGCAUCAGCCACCGGAGCCCUUGAGCCGAUACAAGUCGCAGAAGCAGAGAGACUGGAACUCCUUUGGGCACUACUUGAAGAACCAGAGACCCCCGGUUUCGCUCUCACAGUGCAACUCCAGCCAUGUCCUUGAGUUCCUUCGCUAUCUGGAUCAGUUUGGGAAGACUAAAGUUCACUUGCAUGGUUGUGUCUUCUUUGGACAACCUGACCCUCCUUCUCCAUGUACUUGUCCUCUUAGGCAAGCUUGGGGAAGCCUCGACGCGCUGAUUGGACGCCUUCGUGCUGCAUAUGAAGAGAACGGUGGCUUACCGGAGAAGAAUCCGUUUGGAAAUGGAGCUAUUCGUGUUUAUUUACGCGAAGUGAAGGAGUGUCAAGCUAAGGCGAGGGGGAUUCCGUAUAAGAAGAAAAAGAAGAAGAAGAAGAAUCAACUCAAGGCGAAUAAUGAUCAUGUUGAAGUGGAUUCCUCAAAGCAGCCCACUUAGCUCAUUUGGCUUCUUCAGAGAAAUGGAUCAUGCAAGACGAACACGUCAUCGGAAGGGAAGGGUUAAAGGAGCAAUUUCCUGCUUCAUUAUUUGACUCUCUUCUCACCAUAUAGUUUAUGGGUUAUAAUCUAGUUCUACAACAUUUUGUUUGCAGGAACCGUCUCUUUGUAAAAAUUUUACUGCUUCCUACUCCUUUUAAUGGAAAAACAGGAAUACUAUAAGUAUAAUUCUCUCUCUCUCUC